AAUUGGAACUUGGAACUUAACUCGUUUAAAUUUUCCCUUGCUAAAAAUUAGCCAAAACUUUCUUUUAUUUCAGAUGUACUUCAUUACAAAAGGCUCACAUAAGACUGGACGCAAAGAACCAAAAAUUAAUAAUCUGGAAGAUUACAAGAAUUUCAUUGAACCAUUUAUUACUAAAAUUAUUGAGAGCAAAGUAUAUCUGGAUUGGAAUAAAAGAAAACACAAUUAUGAGGAGCGCUCUCGAAAGUUAGGUGGUACUAAGUAUGAUCUGGUUUAUUUUAAGGAUGUUUACGAAAAAUUGGUAAGCCUAUUCAUUGUGGAAUAA